UCCACACUCUGAUCGACCCGAGUUAUCUAGUCUUUGACAGAGGGACAGAGGACUAAGAGGAACCCGGAGGAGGAGCGAGGACACGGACUUAUCCGGGACGGUUCGGCUCUUGUCUGGCGGGUCAUGUGUCGGACCGAGUAGAUCUCUGACUCCAGUUCUCAUCAUGGACGCACUUCAGCAGCUGAUGGUGAUGAUGAUGAUGCUGAUGAUGAUGAAGACGUCAAGCAGCAGCAGAGUGAAGGACACCCCCCCCGACCACGUGGUCCACAGAGCAACCAGAACCAAACGCUACGCCAUCAACCCUCUGGGACACAAAUGGACUCAUCACAACAUCACAUACAGGAUCAUCAAGUUCCCCAACACUCUGAAUGUGGAGGACACCAGGAAGGCCAUCAGCAUCGCCUUCACCAAGUGGAGCGACGUGUCUCCCCUGACCUUCACUGAGGUUACUGACGGCAACGCCACAGCUGACAUCACCAUCGGUUUCUACACCUUUAACCACACAGACUGCUGGUGGUCUCCUCUCCACCCGUGUUUCGACGGUCUGAAUGGUGAGCUGGCUCACGCUUUCCUCCCGCCACGGGGAGAAAUCCACUUUGACAACCACGAGUUCUGGAUCCUUGGCAAGUCCAGGUUCAGCUGGAAACAAGGUGUAUGGCUGAACGACCUGGUCCAGGUGGCGGCUCAUGAGAUCGGUCACGCUCUCGGCCUGUGGCACUCCAGAGACCCUCAGGCCCUAAUGCAUCCCAAUGCCACCUACACGGGACAGAGGAACAUCGCUCAGGAUGACGUCUGGGGCAUCCAGAGACUCUAUGGUUGUCUGGAUAAGAAGAGAGUCUGUGAUCCCUGGGCUAAACUCGGCUUCUGUGAACGGAGGAAGACCUUCAUGAAGAAGAAUUGUCCUCAGCGCUGUGACCUCUGCUAUGAGCCUUUGGAAGCAGUGACCACGCCAACGCCACCUCCAGCCAACAUCAAGAUCAAGAUGGUUCCCCGAGGGAAGGUGGUGGGUUUCCGCUGUGGAACAAAAAAUCCCCGCUCUCCACCCAAAGUCAGCUGGUAUAAAGACGGUGAGCAGAUCCUGACCUCCAUCCCUGGCUACAUUGUCAUGAAGGACCGAGACCUUCGCAUCGUCGCCAACGAGUUCAAUGAGGGUGUUUACACCUGUCGCAUCCAUCGACGAGGGGACAUUGUUUCUGCCAACUCCUGGGCCAUCCGACUGAAACCAGAACAGCCGUCCAACAGCUGAGAACAUCAACAGACAUGGAGUUAUGGAGGAUGAAACAACUACUAAUGUGAUGAAAGCAAGUCCUGGUUUUAUAUUUGUGGGACGACACAACUUGCCAACAACACUCACUAUGACUGGAUCUGUGGCCACAGUCUCAAAGGACGCAAUUUUGUGUUUGGACCUUUUCCCAGGUAUUUCUGAUGGUUUGUUGACCACAGGUAAACUCUAAGCUGGACAUGAUUCAACUUCCUCAAUACAUCACAGUGAAAACAGAGUAAAACAGCUUCAUCAAAGAGCCCUGGGGACAACAUGAUGAAUUAAUGGCAGCUCUGUGGUCCUGGCAUGAUGUCAUGUGAUCAUCUCAGCAGGAUGUCACGUGAUCAUCUCAGCAGGAUGUCACGUGAUCAUCUCAGCAGGAUGUCAUGUGAUCAUCUCAGCAGGAUGUCAUGUGCCUGUAAACAUUAAGGAAAAACUUAAAUUCCUAGUAUACAUCAUAUCCUCAUAAUCAUCUCAGUUCUCAUAACCUUCCUGACUUAAUUGGAAUGAUGGCUAUGUGUGAAAGUUUGGUUCAUCACUUCAAAAAUGAAUAAAAUAUUGAAUUUGCCCAGAGUCCAAACUGUAACGUACAACUUUAGUUCACACAUAAUCCUGUAGGAUGUCAGGUGUCCAUGAUCUUCAUAAUGAUGAUGUCAUGUCUUUAUAAUCCUUUGACAGGAUAUCUUGCACCAAUAAUCCUAUAGAACCUGAUGAUGUCAUACACCUGUAAAGUCUUGGUAGACUUCAUAAUCCUCCUGGUUUGAUCUGUUCCUUUUAUCAGGGCAUUAUAUCCCUGUAGUAUUGAUGAUGGGAUGACAUGUCCUCAUAAACCUGUAAAACAUCUUGUAGAGGAAAUCCUUAUGACCUGACGUCUUUUUGUCAUGUCUCUGUAAUCCGUCAUGUCUCUGUAAUCCUGUAGAACGACUUGUGUCUUUCAUUCUCAUGGCAUGAUGUCAUGGACCAGUAAUGUCGCUGUAAUCAAGUCGACAUGCUCUCAUGUCCUUAUAAUCCUGUACAACCUCAGGUACCUGUAGCACUCAUCGCAUUACGUCAUGUCCUCAUAAUCAUCUCAGCUGAAUUUCAUGUCCUCAUAAUCCUGUAGAACACCAUAUACCAUUUAUCUUCCUAGAAUGAUGUCAUGAACCAGUAACAGGUAUGACAUCAUGUACCUCCCAGUGUGACAUAAUGUCCUUAUAAACAUCUCGUGAGGUGAUGAUGUCCUCAUAAUCCUUCUGAUGAGAUGUCAUGUAUCCAUAAUCCUGUGCACAGUGCACUGAUAAAUAAUAAAACUGAAGGAAAACAAGUCGGCUGUGGUUGAUGUGGAUCAUUGCAGUAAUCAUGGUGUAGUCUGUAGAGACCAUGUGUAGAUCAGAUUGCUCUUACAGCCCUACUACUAAAUUACAGUAGAUUAAUUAGUUAGUUGCAUAGCAAAGAUAAUGAUGUAAUCCCGCCUAUGACCUUCGACCUUUAACUACGUUAUUUCCCAGUGGCAUUCUACAUCAAACUGUGACUUUUUUCCAGACCCCAGCAGCAGCUGUGGGCUAGUCAUCACAUAAUAUUCAUGUAGUGGCCACAGUUAGUACUGCAGGUCAGGAGACCCACUGACGCUAAAACCCUUUUCUACCACACACAGUCAUUUCAGAAGACAGACUGUAUGUUUCAUCAGAAUCUGUUAAAUCCAAAUGUACAGUCUCAAAGGUCAGUAAAUUAUUUUCAUGCUGUUCAUGUGUAGAGAUCUCGCAGAGAGUCAAACUGCCUGUCUGGAGAAACACUCUGUAACCUUAAAACUCAGGAGCUGUAUCAGAAACCUUCACUGUUGUGAAAGAGGCUCCAUCUUGGAACAGAAUAUCAAUAACAACAGACUGACGUCUCUUUGUGAUACUGCGUCAGACUGUCAGCUGAUGGACUGAUUGUGGCCUUCUGUUUACAUGAGGACUGUAUUUGUCAUUUUCAUAACUUUGUUUACCUCUCACUGUGAUGAAAUAUGAAACAGUAAUAAGUGAUAUGUUUGGGAUCUGAUAGCAGUUUGUAUCUUGGAUUCAGUUCCAGCUUGAUAAGUUACUGAAUUCACUAAAAUCUAACUCAUGUCUUAUUGAA